UCAGCUUGUUGCUCCCAAAACCAGAGCCACCAGAGGGCGAGAGGAUCACUACACGCCACAACCAAGUCCGAGAUUGAGCUGCGCUUCAUACCGUGCUGGCGUGCUGCACUGCACGCACAACGCAACGUCUCCGUUUACUCUGUCAAUCUACUUACUCGGCUGCAUCAGUUAAAUUCUUCAAGAAAAGCAUCAGACAAGGGAACAAACGAAAGUCUCGAGAGAUGCUUGUCAAUGGAAGAUAAUCUACGACGCUCUUUCAAGAUACUGGUAGAGAACAUUUGAAAUAUGGAUUCGGACUCAGAAAGCCAGGAUAGCGACGACGGACGACGCUUCCGAUUUGAGACCACACGAAAGGAUGCGACAUCUCUACCCAAGAGAAAAAUUUCGCCACAACGAAGCAGACACACCGAACAACGUCGGUCCCGUUCCAGGGACAGGAGUUCCAGAGACGACAGGUCGAGGCACUCCAAGGACGACCACUCGCGCAGGAACCGAUCACCCAACGACAGGGACACGAACAACAGACACUCGACGAAGGACCGGAGCUCGAAGGAUUCAAAGAACAGCAGCAGGGAUUCGAGCUCUCGAAGGCAGCCGCACGAGAAAGACUCUCGCAGUCACCGUACGAAAGACUCCUCCAGAGGCUACGACUCCAAGGAGUCGAGGGACAGCAAAGACCGCGACAGCAAGCACAAGAGCAAAGCUCGCGAGAAGCACAAAAAGCACUCACGCGACAGGAGUCGCGAGAGGAGCAGUCAAAUCGAGGAGGCUCCAAAAAAGGAGGACAAGGUAUUGGACUCCAUUUCCGUGGAGACGGAGGAGAUCAGACCAAGAACCAUGAAAAGGCAGCGUACGGGGGACAGCGAGAAGGUAAAUCUUAAAAGUGUGCAGGAGAAGCCGACUGAGUUGGCUAGUAGUAAUCCUGUAGCCCUUUCAGAUAUCGGUGUGAGCCGGACGUCCGCUACGGUAGACGCUGCUCCAGCUCGCAAAAAGCCUAAGUCGUUUUUCGACAGAAUUGUAAAUAAAGGUGACAACGGCGAGGAUAGCUCGCUUUACGGGCCCUCGUUGCCGCCGAGUCUGGAGAAAAAAAUGUUGAACGCCAGGGAGGCGGAAGUAGAGACUUUAAAAUAUGUUGAGAGAGCCGAGACUCCUCGAAAGCCAGAGGUUGACGAUAGUGCGGGUGUAAUUGGACCGGCUCUUCCUCCGGGUUUGAAACCCGCGUCUCCAGUGCAAAAAGACGAAAGUAGUUCUAGUGAACGCGAUGAAAAAGACGUUGAUCGUAAUGAAAUGGAAGUGGAAGAGGAAGAGGAUGACGACGAUGACGCGUUCGGUCCAGCCCUACCUCCACACUUGGCAAACAGGCGUGAAAUCGUUGGUCCCGUGCUGCCUAAAGAUUUUGUUCCUAGUGAUACGCGCGAGACAAUACAAAGCUCAAAGUCCGAUGAAGAGAAACAAAUCGACGAAGAUGACGAUGACGAUGACGUUGUGGGUCCUUUACCUCCUGAUCAUCCUGCUGCAAGAGGUAGCUACGUACAAAUGCAACUCGAGCACAGAGCGCGACAAGUCAAGGAGAAAUUUAGGAACAAAACUAGUCCAGAAAAAAAUAAACGUGAGGAAUGGAUGACCGAACUGCCGCCAGCUCACGCUGUGGCCUUGGGCUUGGGCUCGAUACCUCGUAAAUUUAAGACUAGCGAAGGUCCUGACCUGUCCGACCGAUCAAUGUGGACGGAUACACCGGCGGACAGACUUCGAAAGGAAAAGGAAAAGGAAGAGAACCGAUUUGUUCCAUCUGAUGAGUCACGUAAGAAGUCGAAGAAAUCGAAAGACAAAGAUGCUGUAGAAACGAACGUUGAAGAGGAAAAACAAGAAUCUUUAUUGGAUAUGCAUCUGAAGAACCUGAAGAAAAAGAAGAAGAAACUGGAGAAAGAAGCAAAGGAAUUGGGAUUGUCGACUCGAAGACCUUUUGAUCGGGAUAUCGAUUUACAAGCGAAUCGUCUGGACGAAGCAAGGAAAAAGAAGAUUUUUCAAAAAGCCAGUCGUCUUAACGAUAGAUUCACGGCAGGGAAAAUCUAACGGUUAAUUGUACAUUUUAUAUAUCAAUCGUAUUGUAAAUUUGACAUUGCUUAAGACUAGAGAGUACUGAAACAGACUUAUUUUACAGUUUUACAUAAUUUUCGUGCAUUGAAAAUCUAUUUUGUUUCAGUUACUCAUUACUUUGUUUUUUGUAAAUGUAUAGAAUUGAAAGUCUCUGUCUAAAAAAUUACAUGACAAGAGCUUGAUUUUCUAGUUUUAGGUUGCGCUCUUUGAAUUCUCAAAUUACAUGUUUAUUUAAUGCGUAACAUGUAUGCGUAAGUCUUACAAUAUGUAUACAACAGUAAGAAUCAUACAGUGCUUAAUGAGUUUUUCUCGACAGGCCUUCUUAUUAGUGUUACUUUUUGUAUAUUCUUAAUAAAUGAUAAUGAGACAAGACAUUGAAGUUACAGAGUAAAGUCUGAAUAAGAUAAUACUCGUUUUCGAGAACCUUGGAACUGCUGAAACUAGUUGAACAUUGUAAAAGUGUAUGAUAACACUGGACAAAAAUAAAUAUGUUGAUGAAUGGUUGUUAUCAAAUAAACUUCUUUUAGAUAAAAAAAAAUAA